AUGAUAGGGAGGAGAGAGACCUUUUAUCUCAUUCUACUACACUCUUUCAAUCAUUUAUUCACAAAAUUAAUUUUUCCGUUUGUUAACCAAAAAAGUUUAUCAAAAAGAAGAAUGCGUGUUGUUCCCCCAGUUUCAAGUUGUUUACAAUCUUCUUUGUAUUUUUCAAAUUUUCUUCUAUGGGCUAGCGGUUUUGUACUUCUUUCAAUUUCGCUUUGGUUAUUGCUUGAUCCAGCACAGAAUUUUCAGUUGGAAUUGCUACACUUUUCGGAGAAUGCUCCUUUGCUCAAAUUUGGAAUUUAUUUAAUGGCGGGAACUGCUUUGUUGAUGCUUUUUGUGGGGUCGAUAGGGUGUGUUGGUGCUGUAAAAUUGGAGAGAUUUUUGCUUGGAUCGUUUAUUCUCCUUCUAUUGAUUGCACUGCUUGCAAAACUUGGCGUUAUCAUUUUGUGCAUUUUACAUCAAACAAAGUUUUCUGAUGAAAAUAUGAGCAAUUAUUUGUCCAAUAUUUCUAAAAAUCGGUACAAUAGAGACCGCUGGGUAUUGCCAGUUAUGGAUUCUGUCCAAUUUUAUCAUCAUUGCUGUGGUGGUUACAACUUUAGCGAAUAUUCUGAAUCCUUUUGGUAUUUGACGAAUACCGAGAGGGGAACUCUUCCCCGUUCCUGCUGCCGUCAAUCACAAGAAGGCCGCGCUUGGGCCAUUCAACCAAUAGAUCCUUUGUGUAUUCAAUACUUACCGGGAAGUAGGGCAUUCAACAAUUCUGUAAAUAUCCAAGGCUGUGGCGUGCCAACAAAAAAUCAUCUUGACUGGCAGAUUGGAAUUGUUCUUUUAACUUGUGUUUUGUGUUCAUUAGUGGAUCUAUUCGCCCUAUGUUUGUCUUUAAAAUGCCUCAGCCACGUUUGGAGCUUUUACAGCAUAAUAGACGAAUUAUAA